AUGGCAGAAGCUGGACUCGAAAACGAGAAGACCUCAACGCUCUCAAACGUAAAGCAGGUUCCUUCAGGUCCCGAAGAAGCCAGUGACGUUGACGAUGCAUUCCAAAUCAAUCUCGCUGGUAAAGAACUAGUUGUCACAGAGGACAAAAACAGGAGGCUGGUUCGUAAGGUUGAUCUGUACAUUCAACCCAUGAUCUGGGCCCUGUACACUUUGCAAUACAUGGACAAGGUGACUAACAGUUAUGCUGGUGUCAUGGGUAUACAGGCCGACUUACAUUUAGCACCAAACGAAUUUUCCUGGCUGGGCACUGCAUUUUACCUGGCAUACUUGGGUGCAGAAUUCCCAUUGUCUCAGCUGUUACAGAGGCUCUCUUUCGUCAAAACGUUGUCUGCCUGUAUUGUAAUUUGGGGUAUUGUGUUGUGUGCACACGCGGGCGCUACUAAUGGUGCAGGAAUAAUUACAGGCCGCGUGUUCCUCGGCAUAUUUGAGUCCAGUAUCACUCCCGGGUUUUUAUUUUGACGUCCCAAUGGUACAGGAAAGAAGAGCACUUUGCUAGGAUUGCUUACUGGUUUUCUUGUAAUGGUCUGGGUGGUAUUAUUGGAGGCUUUAUUGCCUAUGGACUGGCACAUCAUGCCGAGUCGUACUCGGUCGAGUCUUGGAAGGUACUUUUUAUCGUUACCGGCCUGAUCUCGGUGCUUUUCGGAGUGCUGUUCUACUUUUACAUACCAGAGAACCCUAGCAAAGCCUGGUUCUUGACCGAGGAAGAACUUCUUUUGCAGGUCCAGCGCAUAAAUUCCAACCAGCAAGGUUUUGGUAGCAAGAAGUUUAAGUGGUACCAGUUCGUCGAGGCUUCCAGAGAUCCUCGUACAUGGAUCUAUGUCAUUUGGGGCCUGACGGCUCAAAUUCCCAACGGUGGCUUAGGUCCUUUUUCGUCAAUCUUGUUGCAUAAGACACUGGCCUACUCUUCCCAAGAUUCUCUUUUGGUCGGAUUAGGUAACGGUGCUGUUCAGAUUGCAUCCGGCAUCAUAACCGGCUACAUUGCUACCAAGACAGGUAAAAGAGUUAUUGUCGGAGCAGUGAGUUGCUUGAUUACUUUACUUGCUACAUGCUUGCUUGCCUUUCCCGAGUCUACAAAAGCUGGACUUGCAGGGUACUACCUCAUCCCAUUUUUUGCCAUCGGUAUGGUAACUAUUCUGGCCUCCAUAACAUCGGAUGCUGCUGGACACACCAAGAAGCUGACAGUAUCGGCGGCAUUUUUGGUUUCUUACUGCAUAGGAAAUGUUAUUGGACCCCAGACCUUUCGCGCUUCAGAUGCUCCUCAGUACAAGCCCGCAAGAGUUACCAUGGUUGCCUGUCUGGCCGUCGCGACGGUCGACCUCUUCAUUCUUCUCCUGGUGAACAUCCGUGAGAAUAGAAAGAGGGACAAAAAGUUUGCCGAGGAUCCAACAUGGUAUGUGGCACCAGAUGACGUCGAAUUUUUAGAUCUUACGGACUUUGAGAACAAGAAUUUCAGAUACUCUCUCUGA